AAAUCUAUUUGUCUCAAAGUUUAAACGUUUUACUGACCAAAUAAGGCGUCUGAUUAACAUCGAUGUAAAUAUUAUUGAUUGAAUGCGACAUGGAGACAAAGGAAUAAAGUGCGAAAUAUACUUUUCAUGUGUUUCCCAGUAGUUUAAACGGGCUUGUUAUUGAAAACGGACAUGUAAUAAAACGUUCCAGAGGGGUGUCAUUUCUGAGGCAUCACUAUUUCGACAAAAAAUCACACAGUUUCUUGAGACCUAUUCUGAUCAGCUGUUUUUGACAACAGACGCAGAUUAAAAAUUCUUGAAAGUAUGACGCGGAAUAUUGUGUAGUUCUGUGCAGUUUGUGAGAUUAUGCAUGAAGUAUGACAAUGGCAUGGGACAGAUUUGAUCAAUCACCCUAUGAUUCAUAAUGGGUAACUCAAACAGCAGCAGGUACAACCUGAGUCAAAGUAGACAUGAACAUUGGCAAAAGAUAUUGGAGCAUCCUAACUUUGGACUGAUUCAGUCUGUCCCUUACAGCAAGUGGAUCAAAUCUCAGAGGAGCUAUGGGGGAUUUACGGACUACGCUGACUUCACGACUUGUCGUGAGUCGAGGCUCCGUCACGGGGUCCUGGUGAAGCCUGAUAACACGGGGGGACGUUACCUCAUUCCAAGCUUCAAAUCAAAGUUUGAACUCAUUCUGGUAGAAAAACAAAGAUGGUUCAUGUCCAAUUAUAAACUGCCCCGUGUCCCUGUGCCUGAUUUUGAGGACCCACAGUGGUUCCAGAGGUCAAGUCAUAACAGAAACAGGAGAGAGUGUAGUGUUAUUGGUUACCAUGACAACUUAGUAGUAGUGCAAAUCAACACCAAUCGUUACUAUCUGUCUCCUCGAUUUUAUCUGAUAGAUCUAGAAAGCAAUGAAAUUGUGGGACACUUUCUGAUCUUUUAUCACUGUAGACGUUGGUAUGAGUGCUAUAUUUCACCAUGCAAGAAACAGAUUCUUAUGAGGCCCGACAAUUUAACUCGAAUUGUGUCCCUGCCUGAUAACUAUAUUCUGGAGAAUGUGUGUUUGAAAAGUGCAUUUAGUAACAUGGAAGUUGGAGUUGUCCCACCGACUCUGCGAGCCCACGUCAUGUGUUAUAACAGUAUAGCAGGUGACAGUCUGGUUCUGAUUGCAUUCCACAAAACCAUAGAAAUCCGGAGAACAGACACCUGGGAGACGGUCAGGAGUUAUCAGAACCUGGAUCUCCCCACAGGUAUCCAGCAGAUGAAGUCCAGCCCCCUGGGGGAUUUCCUCGCCCUCAGGUGUGUGUCCCCUGUCCAUAGUAAGGAGUACAAUGUUAACGUUAUAGCGGUCCUCGACUUCCACACCUUUAAUAUUCUAAUGAAGGUGGAUGUAAAGGGCUGUUAUCGACCUGUGUCAGAAGUUGUCAACCUGCAGGUUUUCCCACACUUCAGUCCUAGUGAGGCCACAAUAGCUGUGAUGAGGAACUCUUCCUACACUCGGAAAAUACUGACGUACAAACUGCCGAUCUGUCGCUUUAACCUCCAGUACCUCUGUCGUAGGGCCAUCCUCCAUCUGGUCAGUUACAGGGAGGUACAUAAACUCCCCCUCCCCAGCAACAUUAUCAACUUUCUACUGGCUAAACCAGGUCACACACGCAUAGGUCUGUCUACAUCUGGUCAGCUACAAGGAAGUUCAUAAAACUCCCCUCCCCCUCCGCAAGCAACAUUAUCAACUUCCAUACUUACUAAACCAGGUCAUGCACGUAUCGACUUGUCCUGAGGAAAAUUUAUGUUAAAAGUACUUGCAUUUAGGUGGUAUAAAUUCAGAUAUUAAACAAUUAUUAAUUUGUGUUUAUUAUUUUUUUUACAUGCUUAUGAUAGUUGGUUUAAAAACUUAGGAAACAAAACACCUUUAGUCACUUUUUAGGUCACCUGAGU